ACAAAAAGGAUUUUUAGGAUCCAGGCAAAGCCGCCGGUGUAUAUUCGCAUCGCAGAGCCAAAAAUCACAAGGCGGAGAAAGAUAAAGAAGGGCGUUUUGGUGGUGAAAGAUUGAAGAUAUUAGACUUUCACAUUCGCAUUCAACAAAAUGUAUCAUCCUACUCGAGGCGGUGUUCGUGGUGGCCGAGAUCAAUUUAGUUGGGAUGAUGUGAAAGUUGAUAAGCAUAGAGAAAACUAUAUUGGUCACAGUAUCAAGGCUUCGGUUGGAAGAUGGCAGAAAGGGAAAGAUCUGCACUGGUAUACCAGGGAAAAGGGUUCCAUGAGUGCAGACAUGGAAGCUGCCAAAGAAGAGAUUAAAAGGAUUAAGGAAGAGGAAGAGCAGACUAUGCGAGAGGCUCUUGGCUUGGCUCCUAAGCAUGCAAACCGCCAUCAAGGUAAUCGACUUGAUAAACACGAGUUCUCAGAGCUAGUGAAGCGAGGCUCUACCGCUGAGGAUGUGGGUGAAGGGCAUGCUGAGGCAGCACAUGUUCAUGGUCUUGGUUUCUCAAGAGCACAUCGUCCCCAUGUAGAAUCCAGUGCUUUUCAAUCCACUGUCAAGGACUUGCAACCUGAAAUGCCAACAGCACCUGUGCCCAAUCCAUCAACCAGGAACGCCGAAGAAAUGGAGUCGGAGGAUGAAAGCAGUCAAAAGAAAAGGAGGCGUGAAGAAAAGAAACAGGAGAAGCGAGAGAGGCGUGAAAAGCGAGAAAAGUACGAAAAACGUGAAAAACACAAAAAACGCCAUCCAUCAGAGGACAAGAGGAAGCGCAGGAAAGAAAAAGAAGGGAGGAGACAUGAUUCCGACUCUGACUGAAGAAAUCCCUAAACCAAUAGAACCAGGCAAUAUGCUUCUAUUUCUGAUAUGUUAUUGUUGAGAUUCGAUUGUUCUUCAAUUUUUUCUGUUGUGCUCUUCUGGUGUAAUUGACUAGCCUGUCCACGCCCCUUCUUAGAGAGCCUGACGUGAAAAUAUAGGGUCUUUUGGUAAACAGAUAACGCAUAUGGCGAUGGAAUCAGUAUUAUGUUGGCACAAAGCCAGGUAAUUGUGCAUGUCAACCGCGCGCUGCAAUGCAUGUAUCCAAAUGGCUUAGAAGAAUCUGCAUGUUCGUUAUGUGUUGGUGAAUUUGCCAUACUAAUUACCAUAUUAGAAAUCUGAUACAUCAAUGCGUGUCCUUGUAUGGAAUUGCCAAUAAGUAGUUGUCCUUCUAAGAGAGUGAGAACAAACCGAUUUCGUUUAUCUUUAGUGUAUCAUCAGGUAGGGUUGUUUCGCCAAACCCGCCAACGGCCUUGCUCAGAUCGCCGGCUAGAAGAGGGUGACUUUCUUGGUGGGUUACAUCCCGCCCGACUUCUUUGGCGGGGGCAUUUGAGUUUUGUAGAAAUCUCAUUAUUACUCCUCUCCCCCAUUCCCCCCUCUCUCUGACUCUCUCUCUCUCUCUAAAUUUCUAAUGCUAAUAUUCUCUCUGCGUCGGCCUUUCGAGCCAACCCACGUGAACUCUAAUGUCAAAAUGUUGCUAGUGCUUCCUUUUUGCGUCCUUCACAACCCACAAACAUGCCAUGCGACUUAGGGGCUUCUGUCGCGGUACCAAAAUUCUGGCAACUGGCGGUAGCGGAUAAUAGCAUUGGUGGUUUCUGAUUCGCUACCAAUAGUAUCCUACCGUGAUACUUGUUGGUAGUCAAAUGUGAUGCAAUGAAUUGUAGCAAAUAGUGGUCGUUGACCAUGCUAUUUUGUUUUAUGAUCGGAAUAUUUGAGAAAGAUUGUAGAGGCUACCGUUUUUAAUGCAAAUUAGAAAGCUCCUCAUACCUAACCUCCAUAUAUCUCUAAUAACUCUCCAUAGUCUAUUAUUGGAAUUCUUGUCUCCUUAUGAACUCUAAUAUUGUAAA